CCGAGUUUUGCUUUAAUAGUGCAGUUCUUACAUCGAACGGAAUAUAUUUAAUUUCGAUGCAUGUUUUUAACGUGUUAAGUGAGAACAAAGAAUGAGUCCUAUGUACGCUUACGGGGGAGCGAAAGGAACCGCUCGUUUUUCCAGUUAAGUGCAGGGAGUGGGGGCUCGAAAUACAGCACAGCACACCCACUGUUUCCAAUAACCAGGGCUUUUACAAUAUGAACUUGUUCUACUGGUAGAAUCUUUAGUUAAGCUCUCUGCCCCAGGGUGCUACAUUGCGGGGAGGUGCUGGGGAGCCCGUCUCUAAGGACUGCUCAGCUCUGUCGCAGGGUGCGCUGUGGUCUCCAGCCGUUUUCAAGCCCAGCGCACCUGAUUGCAAGCAGUUUUAAGCUGUUCAGUGAGGUAUAAGGAGCCUACAUAGUUAGGUGCUAAAUUCGCAGAGACCAAAGACCCAAAUAGAAAGUUAUAAGGUGACUUAAACAAGGAUAUGGAAAGGGGAGGGAAAGGAGGCACCGUUGAGCCAGGCGGAAAAAAAGCACUGGCUCAGUCCGGAAAGGAAAUCAAAGGAUUUCGUUUUUUGUUUUUUUUUAAAUGAAGCGUCUGUUGUCCAAUCAGACGGGCGCGAUCUCGGCAGCCAAUCAGGAAGCAGAUCUUAGCUAUAUAUUAUCGUUCCUGAGCAGAGGUUCGUAGUAGUCUGUCCAAUCUUGUCUCUGGACUGGUUGCUGAGAAUGGCCCGUACGAAGCAGACUGCGCGCAAGUCGACCGGUGGCAAAGCGCCCCGCAAGCAGCUGGCCACCAAGGCGGCCCGCAAGAGCGCGCCCGCCACGGGCGGCGUGAAGAAGCCGCACCGCUACCGGCCCGGCACCGUGGCGCUGCGCGAGAUCCGGCGCUACCAGAAGUCGACGGAGCUGUUGAUCCGCAAGCUGCCCUUCCAGCGCCUGGUGCGCGAGAUCGCGCAGGACUUCAAGACGGACUUGCGCUUCCAGAGCUCGGCCGUCAUGGCGCUGCAGGAGGCCAGCGAGGCCUACCUGGUGGGGCUCUUCGAGGAUACCAACCUGUGCGCCAUCCACGCCAAGCGCGUCACCAUCAUGCCCAAGGACAUCCAGCUGGCCCGCCGCAUCCGCGGCGAGAGGGCUCUAGCUAAGAAAGGGAAGAAGGCAGCUGCAGGGGGCUCGAAAGCCUGCGAGCCCUCAUGCCCCAGCAUCACCAAGCUAAUCAUCACCCAGGCCAAGCCCGCCUCCAAAGAGCACAAAGGGCUCUUGCUGGCCUCCCUAAAGGUGCUGGCAGCUGAGGGCUAUGAUGUGGAGAAGAACAACUACUGCAUUAAGCUGGGGCUCAAGAGCCUGCAGCACGGCCUGGAUGUUGGGCAGGACGCCGCCCUGCGCGAUCGUCACUUUGCCCAGCAGCUUGUUGAGCUCCUCGUCGUUGCGGAUGGCCAGCUGCAGGUGGCGGGGGAUGAUGCGCGUCUUCUUGUUGUCCCGCGCCGCGUUGCCCGCCAGCUCCAGGAUCUCGGCCGUCAGGUUGUUGUUGAUCUCAACGGGAACCAGUUAGUCGUCAAGAUGCCGGAACCUGCCAAGUCCGCUCCAGCUGCGAAGAAAGGCUCCAAGAAAGCUGUCACUAAGACCCAGAAGAAAGGGGAUAAGAAACGGAAGAGAGCCAGGAAGGAGAGCUACUCCAUCUACGUGUACAAGGUGCUGAAGCAGGUGCACCCAGACACCGGCAUCUCGUCCAAGGCCAUGGGCAUCAUGAACUCCUUCGUCAACGACAUCUUCGAGCGCAUCGCCGGGGAGGCGUCCCGCCUGGCGCACUACAACAAGCGCUCGACCAUCACGUCCCGGGAGAUCCAGACCGCCGUGCGCCUGCUGCUGCCCGGGGAGCUGGCCAAGCACGCCGUGUCCGAGGGCACCAAGGCUGUCACCAAGUACACCAGCUCCAAAUUGUUAGCGUCUGCUAUGGCCCGUACGAAGCAGACUGCGCGCAAGUCGACCGGUGGCAAAGCGCCCCGCAAGCAGCUGGCCACCAAGGCGGCCCGCAAGAGCGCGCCCGCCACGGGCGGCGUGAAGAAGCCGCACCGCUACCGGCCCGGCACCGUGGCGCUGCGCGAGAUCCGGCGCUACCAGAAGUCGACGGAGCUGCUGAUCCGCAAGCUGCCUUUCCAGCGCCUGGUGCGCGAGAUCGCGCAGGACUUCAAGACGGACCUGCGCUUCCAGAGCUCGGCCGUCAUGGCGCUGCAGGAGGCCAGCGAGGCCUACCUGGUGGGGCUCUUCGAGGACACCAACCUGUGCGCCAUCCACGCCAAGCGCGUCACCAUCAUGCCCAAGGACAUCCAGCUGGCCCGCCGCAUCCGCGGCGAGAGGGCGUAAAGACGAAAGUCCUCCCCCGUCUGACAUUCUGAAACCCAAAGGCUCUUUUAAGAGCCACCACAGCCGCACUGAAGAGAGCUGUAUCGAGCUUUUGUAUGGUCUGUGUGCGUGUGCAUGUAUGUGUUGUGUGUUUGUGUGCGCCCGCGCACAUCCUUAGUCGGUUUAAUUCAUGUUUUUUCUGCGUUUAGUAGAGAAUAGUCUUAAGAAGACCCCGUAAACCAUAAUGGUGUCUGUAGCGUUCACUGAAACUCACAGUUCAUGGAUGCUUUCCAGGGGCCGUUCUUGUAAUCCCAAGGAGCCUCCGUUUCCUUGUUUCGGCUGCAUACAAUGCUUGCUAUGCAGGUACUGCACUUCUUUCCUCCGCCUCCCUCUCCCCACCCCUGGCAGGUAAGAGGCUGGGGUGCUUCAUACUGAAAUAUCGGUGUCUUAACUAUUCCUGUGGUUCAGUACUAGCAGUAUGUAGUAUAUGACCUGCCAUGUAAAAUAUGGGUGAUGAGAGGUUUUCCGUUCCUUACAGGUUUAUAGGCUAGGAAACAUAAUGAAUGAAACUGCAGGUUUCUAAACUAGAUGCAUCGUGAGCGUAUUGUAACGCCCCGGAUAGCUUUGGGAGGGGGGAGGAGGACGUGUGAAAGAUUCAGGAUAUAACCUGCUUGGGAAAUGCUGUGCGUUUGAUCCCCGAACCUGAAAUUUGCGUUUCUGCCUUCUCAGAGCAAGGACCGCAGUGGUGUCCUUGGCUGCUCCUCUUUCGGCAGUGGAGGGAACUUCGCAUCCCCUCCCAGAUCAGUCCUGGCGUCUGGUACAGGGCGACCAACCCUGUUUUCACUGCUCACUUUUCAUCCUUUUCACUGUUUUUUGCCUACAGCCACAACUACCAAGCGUUGGGGGGAGGGUGGCGCUGUGUUCCCCGGAGUCACCUCGGACCAAUAAUUUAAAAACCAGCUGCAAAUUCGAGCACUUUUUCCCCACUCGCAUCGGUUUCCCAAGAUGAACAAUAAAACCGCUCAUCCUGAUGAGCCUGAUGUGUAUACCGUGCUUCCCCAAGGAGGAAGACACGUCCUAUUUAGAAGCUGACACUGAAGGUAAUUUCUUAUAUUAAAAUGGAAAUGCAGUUUUUUCCCUAGUCGGGACUGUUUCUAAUCGGGAUUUUUGUUUGCGUCCUCCGACUCCCGAUGCCCUCCAGCACUUGUUGGUUGUGCAAGCCCUUAGGCAUGUAUGCCAGUGAGCACGCUAAAAGCGUCUUGUGCUGCCUUCUACCAUAAAAUAGCUCUCUUUUCUGUGAAAUUCAGUUUUAAAAGAUCAAGUGCUGCCCCAGGUGCUCUUGUCAUGUGAGGGACAGGUUCGGCUGUAUUGUACAUGGUUUAGAUUGAAAUCUCCCAUUAAGAAGCCGUGACACAAUACAUGUAACUCGGAAUCUGGUUCCUCCAUGUUGGUGGCUGACGCACGGGCUUAGGGGCUUGUUGCUGCCGUUUCAGUUCUGCUUUCUGUGUUUCAGGUCCCUGCACCAAAUUCUGACCAAUCAAGUCUCUCGACGCACCAUCUUCUUUCUCCAUCUUCCGCGUGCAGCCCUCGCCAUUUUCUAAAAAGGAGACAGAGUUAAUCUGCAGUGUGAGAGUAUGUGUGGGCGGAGCGGGAGGGGAGGGGAAGGAGGAGGGAAGUGAACCCUUUUCAAACAGCCCCUUAGUGUGAUCUAAUUGUUUCCUUCUGAUCGCUGCAGCAUGUGUCUUGAUGGCACAACGUGACUGUAGAUAUAUGGUUGCAGAAAGGCGCAUGGACAAAACCAGGUUCGUUACUUGUGUCUGUGAGAUCGAUCUAAUAAAGCAUAAAUUGAUGCUGAAAGGGGAGAGAA